ACUAGUUUUGAUAACCAUAAGUGGAGAUAACUCGGAAACUAUAGAUAUGGCUCCAACCGAUAUGAUUUAUGAGCCAAUCUUGGAGCAUGGAGUUUUUAGGUUUGACUGUUCCGUGGAGCAUAAGGAAGCCGCAUUUCCUAGUGUUUCAUUUAAGAACAGCAAAGAACGGGAAACGCCAAUUGUGAGUCACCAUGUUCCGGCAUAUAUUCCUACGUGUGAAUGUCUUCAGGGCCAACAAGUUGUCACUUUUGAGUUUUCUCUUGGCACAUCGUUUUAUGGGACGGGAGAAGUUAGUGGACAGUUGGAGAGAACAGGGAAACGGGUAUUUACAUGGAACACUGAUGCAUGGGGAUAUGGCCCUGGAACCACUCCACUGUACCAGUCACAUCCAUGGGUACUAGUAGUCCUUCGCACUGGACAAACACUAGGGGUUCUUGCUGAUACAACACGAAAGUGUGAGAUUGAUCUAAGGAAAGAGGCAAGUAUAAGAUUUAUAGCACCAACAUCAUAUCCUAUAAUCACCUUUGGUUCAUUCUCCUCACCCACUGCUGUCUUGGAGUCCUUGUCCCAUGCCAUUGGAACUGUUUUUAUGCCUCCAAGGUGGGCUUUAGGCUACCACCAAUGCCGUUUUAGUUAUAUGUCUGACAAGAGAGUAACCGAGAUAGCUCAAACAUUUCGAGAUAAGAAGAUUCCUUGUGAUGUGAUAUGGAUGGAUAUAGACUACAUGGACGGUUUUCGUUGUUUCACAUUUGACAAGGAGCGUUUCCCGGAUCUUAGUGCUUUGGCAACAUAUCUCCAUGAUAAUGGUUUCAAAGCGGUCUGGAUGCUUGACCCUGGGAUAAAGGAGGAGGAAGGUUAUUAUGUUUACGAUAGUGGAAGUAAAAAUAAUGUUUGGGUUAGACAAGAAGAUUGGAAGCCAUUUAUUGGUGAAGUAUGGCCGGGGCCUUGUGUUUUCCCUGACUAUACUAAUUCUGAAGCUCGCUCUUGGUGGGCUAAUAUGGUUAAGGAGUUUAUGUCAAAUGGUGUUGAUGGUAUAUGGAACGAUAUGAAUGAGCCAGCGGUUUUCAACACCGUUACAAAGACAAUGCCCGAGAACAAUAUUCAUGGUGGAGAUGAUGAGCUUGGAGGUGUUCAAAACCAUUCACACUACCACAAUGUCUACGGGACGCUGAUGGGAAGGUCAACGUAUGAAGGGAUGAAGCUAGCUGAUAAGAAUAAACGACCUUUUGUAUUGACGAGGGCUGGAUUCAUAGGUAGCCAGAGAUAUGCUGCGACAUGGACAGGAGAUAACCUUUCAAACUGGGAGCAUCUACAUAUGUCUAUAUCCAUGGUACUUCAGCUGGGGCUUAGUGGUCAGCCCUUAUCAGGGCCAGACAUUGGUGGAUUUGGUGGCAAUGCAACUCCGCGGCUGUUUGGACGUUGGAUGGGCAUUGGAGCAAUGUUUCCAUUUUGUCGUGGCCAUUCUGAGGUGGCCACUGAUGAUCAUGAGCCAUGGUCAUUUGGAGAAGAGUGUGAGGAAGUAUGUCGUGCCGCAUUGAUGAGACGUUACCAACUUCUCCCACAUUUUUACACCUUAUUCUACAUUUCUCAUACAACUGGUGCUCCAGUUGCAGCUCCAAUCUUUUUCGCUGGUAUGCUUCUCUAAAACGUUGCCACGUCGUCUACUCAGGGAUCACACGAGUUGCAGCACAUAUUGCCUAGGGGAACUUGGUUGAGGUUUGAUUUUAAAGAUUCACAUCCGGAUUUACCGACAUUAUAUUUACAAGGUGGAUCCAUCAUAACAUUGGCUCCUCCACAUCUGCAUGUUGGGGAAUUUAGUUUGUCAGAUGACUUGACACUACUUGUGUCGUUAGAUGAAAAUGGUAAAGCUGAAGGCGUCUUGUUUGAGGAUGAUGGAGAUGGAUAUGGUUACACUAAAGGCAGAUUUUUAAUUACACACUAUAUUGCUGAGCAACACUCUUCCACUGUUACUGUCAAGAUUUUAAAAACUGAAGGAGAGUGGCAGAGGCCAAAGCGCCGUGUUCAUGUCCAAUUAUUACUUGGAGGCGGUGCAAUGCUUGACACUUGGGGAACGGAUGGAGAAAUUAUUCACAUUGAGGUGCCUUCGGAAAGUGAAGUUUCAGAGUUGAUAUCCGCAAGCAAUGAGUGCUUUAAACUUCAUAUGGAAAAUACAAACCUGAUUCCUGAGAAGGAAGUAUUACCUGGACAAAAGGGUAUGGAACUUUCAAAGGAGCCAGUUGAGCUAAACAGCGGUGAUUGGAAACUUAAUAUAGUUCCUUGGAUUGGUGGAAGGAUAUGGUCCAUGAAACAUGUUCCAUCCGGAGUUCAAUGGCUUCAUAGCAGGAUAGAUAUCAAUGGGUAUGAAGAGUAUAGUGGUACUGAGUACCGUUCAGCUGGAUGUACUGAGGAAUAUAAUGUCACUGAGAGACAUUUGGAACAUGCUGGGGAAGAAGAAUCUUUGACCCUAGAAGGUGAUAUAAGUGGUGGACUGGUUCUUCGACGUAAAAUAAGUAUACCUAAUGAUAAUCCCCGGGUUUUUCGGAUUGCCUCUAGCAUUGAAGCCCGCAGUAUUGGAGCUGGUUCUGGUGGAUUCUCAAGGCUGGUAUGCUUAAGAGUCCAUCCAACUUUCACACUUUUGCAUCCAACUGAUACGUUUGUCUCAUUCACAUCGAUUGAUGGUUCAAAGCAUGAAGUUUGGCCAGAUUCUGAAGAGAAACUAUAUGAAGGGAACAACCUCCCACAUGGUGAAUGGAUGCUGGUGGACAAGGGCCUCAAUCUAGGGCUGGUAAACAAGUUCGAUGUUAGUCAAGUCUUCAAAUGUAUUGUCCACUGGGAUUUUGGAACCGUUAACAUGGAGUUAUGGUCUGAAGAACGACCUGUAUCCAAUGAAUCGCCUUUGAAGAUAGAGCAUGAAUAUGAAGUCACAAGUUACCUUUAAAUG